AUGGCUGUCACCGUGAAAGAAUGCCUGGAGCUCCAGCUGGUGGAAGUGGAAAUGCUCCUUUCAAUGUUUCCCGGAAAAGGUGAAAUAAAUCUGGAUGAGGACGCUGUGCCCAGCGUGCAGCGCUACCUGAGAAACACUGAUGGAGUGCUGCCCCCACAGCUUGAAUUUUCAAUCGCUAUUGAUGUAGGGGAGGCAAAGGUAAAAGUGGAAUUGCAGGUACUGCUGCCUCAUACGUAUCCUCACGUAGCUCCUCAGCUUUUUGCAAGAUCAAAUGCGCUGCACAGACAGCAACAGCUGCAGCUCAACACUCGUCUCGCUUCUCACAUCAGCUCUCUGGAUUCAGGUGAUCUGUGUGUAUAUGAAGCUGUGCUGUGGGUGAAAGACAACAGCUUGCCUUACCUGGAAAGCAGUAAGAUCUCUUCUGAAAGUGCUUCGGAAGAAGUCGUAGUUAAAGAAACACUGCAUCGCAUGUGGAUCUACAGCCAUCAUAUAUACAGGCAGGAACUGAGGAAAAAGAUUUUUGACUGUGCAAAGAAGUUAAACCUGACUGGCUUCUGUCUCACAGGGAAACCUGGUGUCAUCUGUGUGGAGGGACUCCGAGAAAACUGUGAAGAGUUCUGGCGUGUUAUUAGGUAUCCCAACUGGAAGCAUAUUUCAUGCAAGCACGUGGAGAAUAUAGAAACGGAGGGAAGCAUCGAUAAUGUUCGUCUCUUUCAUACUUUUGAAGACCUACAGUUUCAGGCACAUGGUGAUUAUGGCCUGAGGAAUGACUAUCACAUGGAUCUUGGCCAGUUCCUAGAAUUCCUGAAGCAACAUCAAAGUGGACAUAUUUUUCAGAUUUUAUUUGGUGUUGAAGGCAAACUUUCAGACAAAUAA